ACGAGCCACCGUUUUUGCUGAAAUGUUCAAGCGGUGUUGUGCGAAAUUCAGCACAGAUUGAGAUUGUUGAUAGCCGAGGUUUUAUCUUUGAGCUUCAAAACCAACAAUAUUAAUGAGAAGCAUGGCAUCUUUUACUGAUCGAGUCGAAGAUGCUUUUACGAGGAAAGAUGAGACUUUUAUGGCUCAACUCUACGGAGAGAUGUUGGAUUGCCUGAAAGUCAACAGCAUUGUUACCAACGAUAAUUUGUUGGAUCGUCUCGGUGUUGAUAUUUUCCGAAAUAUCAAUGCCGAAUUUUACAUACCGCAGAGUGCCAAGACAAAGAACACAGAUUUGGUUGCCUUAAGGAAUAAAAGCCUCCAAUGGCUACGAUCUGUCAUAUGAAGCUCGAACGAACAUAAUGGAUUCAUCUGCAGUUAGCCUGGCAAAUAAACUCCGAAACAUUGUCGUCAGAAACUUGCAGGUGAUACUGAUCAUUUUGGGGGUUGCUUUGGGUUUUAUCAUUGGCCUUUCGUUGAAUAGUCAUGUUCAAAGUUCUCGUUAUGACCGCGAAGAAAGAAAAAAGAUCGUCAUGUUAAUAGGAUUUUUAGGUGACAUAUUCGUAAGGCUUCUGAAGCUUCUUAUAAUUCCCCUGACAAUCACAAGUAUUGUGCAUGCUGUCGCUUCGCUGGACACCAGAACCACAGGAAAACUUGGCCGACGCACGGUGAUUUAUUAUUCGAUUACGACAUUUACCGCCGCUAUUAUUGGUAUUAUACUGGUGUUAAGUAUUCGUCCAGGAGAUACCUCAGUGCAGCAUGAAAAAUUUGAAAUGAAUCACGUGGAUGCAUUAGAUUCAAUUUUGGACAUGAUAAGAAAUAUUUUCCCUGACAACUUGGUGGAGAGCACAUUUCGUUCGACCCAAACUGCUUACAAAGAUGACGUCACGUUUAUAUAUAAUACAACGAUUCCAGAUCGAAAUAUCCGAGGGAGCCUGGAAAACCUUACAAAGUUUUUGGAUAACAACGUGUAUGAUCCUUGGAUUGUUAAUGAAACGUCACCAGAUGUUCGUGUGAUUAAGAAAAAUUCCAGAAAAGUUUGGGCAAAGAUCGAGAAGACAGAUCGAAUGAACUUUUUAGGAAUGAUUACGUGCUCCAUAGUAUUUGGCAUUGCAUUAAGUAGACUUGGUCCUGAAGGUCAACCAUUAAAAGAAAUACUUGAUGUCUGCCUAAAGAUUGUUAUGAUGUUGAUUAACGCCGUCAUGUGGAUAUGUCCUCUUGGUAUCGGCAGUCUGAUUGCCGCCAAACUUGUUGAGAUGGAGAACAUUGGAAGUACGUUCGAAUCACUUGCAUACUUCAUUGUGACUGCCAUAACUGGCUUUGCCAUUCAGGGGUUGAUCGUUUAUCCGACCAUAUAUUUCAUUUGCAUUCGAAAGAAUCCUUUUCGAUAUCUGUUAAACAUGCAAGCUGCUGCUUACACGGCGUUUGGAACAAGUACCAGCGCUGCAACUCUACCAGUAACCUUGAAGUGUGUGCAAGAGUUAAACCAGGUCGACUCAAGAGUUGCUCAGUUUAUUUUACCAAUUGGAGCAACAGUGAAUAUGGACGGUACUUCUUUGUACGAGGCAGUCGCUUGUAUUUAUAUCGCACAACUAAACGGCUACAACUUUGGUAUCGGAAAGAUCUUGCUUACAGUCUUUACUUCUGCUGCCGCAUCAGUUGGGGCAUGCACUGUACCUUCUGCUGGAUUGGUUACAUUGAUCAUGGUACUAGAAGCUGCUGGCUUACCUACUACUGAUGUGGGAUUGCUCUAUUCAGUUGACUGGUUUGUGGAUAGAUUUCGAACAGUUUGUAACAUGACUGGAGACGCAAUUGGUUGUGCUAUAGUCGAGAAGUUCUCACGUAAAGAUUUAGACGAGUAUGCUCCACUGUAAUUUGAUGCAUCUUUAAAGCUCAAGAAAUUUUUUCGAUGGUUUAAUUGAAAAUCUUCGUACUUACGGAAACGGUCACGUACUUAUAAUCACUGGAGAAUUUUGAUAAGAAGAAAUACUUAUUUGAAAACGAUAAAUAAAUAUGUAAUGAUGAUUAGUCAAGGAACUGUAUAAGAGUUUAUAUACAUUUCAUUUACCGGAAGUUAUCUCAACUGUUUUUGGGCAAAAUGACCAUAACGAACAACCUGGCAUAUGUGUCUUUUCCUCGAUCCGGGACGAAAGUGUCGACAUAGCUCUACCUUCCAGAAACUAAUAGCAAUAAUUUAUGGUGUUAAGAAGGUUCACUUUCAGGAGUGGUCAUGGGAGGAAAAAUUUGGAUAAGUUUAAUAUUUACUGAGAAAAUUACUAUACACCAGCUAUGGUCAAGCGCCAAUUUUGCAUAAAUUAAGAAAUAUUCUAGUCAGAGAUCAAAUUUUUAUAUUUUCAAAGAAAAAAUCAUACAGGAUGAAAAACCUCACCCAA